AUGGCGCUGGAACGUGCCAAGGCAUCUGGCUCGUUGGUGAACAUGUUCCCGCUGUGCGCGGCGUUUUGGAGCACCGACGAGGCCAGACACAAGGGCGAGGCUGACCACCAACAAGGUCUGAGCACCCAGCAGUGGACUGCCUCCCCGUCCUUCGACUGCCGAGGUCCAGGCGAGGCCACUCCACCGCGGACUGCCUUCCGGCGCUGGAGCAGCGAGAACGCCACGGUCAACGAGGUGGUGCCUGGGCUUCAGGACGCCUUACGUCUGGCGGGCCUAGCCAGCUACACGGCCCUGGCGGAGAGCUGGUGCACGGAGAUGGGGGCCGCGUACCUCGUGGAGCUCCUCGCGGAGUUCGACGACUUCUGCACCUCGCUCAGCGCGGUGGCGGCCCUGAGUCCGGAGAGCACGCGGCGGCUUCGACUGGCGCUGUUGGCCAGCCGGCACGAUGGCGCAAGCAGGCUCGCCUCCGCGCCCCUGGCCCUGGAAGCCCCUUGUGGCAGCCCUGCGCAGCCCGCGCCGCGGCGCGGCACAGCGCGGCCGCCGCCCCCGGCGCGGCCUGCGGGCCUCGAGGUCCGCGCGCGGCACGGCGUCCCCCGCGCUGCGCGGGCAGAGGAUCCCGCGAGGGAGACCCUGGUCGAGCCGCGGGCCGCGCGGCUGGCGGGCCACGAUUGUCGCGCGCGGCACGACGUCCCCCGCGCCGCGCUGUCCGAGGCCCGGAAGGGCUCCUCCGCGGGCGGCCCGGACUUCUUUGUUCUGAGCCUUCGGAGAAGGACUGGGCUGCGGGCGAUGCUUGGCCCGGGGCUCUUGCCAGGGGCAACGGACGCUCUCGACACGCUCCGACUGGCCGUGGAGUCCCAGUGGGCCCGCCUGGACGGGCAGUCGAUCGGACUUUCGACAUGCUGGCAAGUUGGAGAGUCCGGUCAGACCCAGCCGAGGCCGACCAUGACGGCUCCGAUAGGCUAG